GAUGCCAUUUCAUAGUGCCAAGUGUCUCUUUCUUCUAUCUCUGCUGGUGACUACUCAAGGAAAGAGUUGUAUUCCUAGUAAUAUUCAUUUCCGUCCGCUUGGCAGCCCAACUAGAAAACUUUGCAACACAACAAGAUGGGACAAAAGUUGCUAUUCUGUGAAACAUAAACGACAGCAACGUUCAACCACUAACCAGGUUCCCUCAUCGUCUUGUGUUGAAAAUUCAGAAUUACCCAAACACCUUGUAGUCAAAAAACUAGUUCCAAUACCAGAAAUAGAAAAUAUCGACCAAUUUGUGUUGUUUUCUGAUUUGCACUUGAGAAAAGAUAACCUAGAAACUUGUAUACAAGUAUUAAAACAAGUACACCAAGUAGCAUAUGAAAGGAAUGCAGGUGUUCUAUUUUUAGGUGACUUUUGGGACAGAAGAGGUUCUUUACCAGUGGAACCUUUGAAUGCUGCUAUUGAAGAACUACAACGAUGGCAACAGCCGUUGAUCAUGAUUCCGGGUAAUCACGACCAAGUUUCUUAUGAUGGAACGGUUCACUCCUUAUUGCCCAUUAUGGUGUCUUUGAAACACCCUGCAGCCUUAGUCAUUGACCAACCAAGUAUUUUUCUGGAUGCUUUAUGGAUUCCUUUUAUUCGCGAAGAUGAUCUGUUUACCAAAGUUAUCUCUUCAGUCUCUCCCUUGUGGAGUCAGAUAGACGCAGUCUUUUGUCAUACCGAUAUUCAAGGUGCUCAAUGGAUACGAAAUGAAAGCCAUUCUUCGUUCAAUUGUACAAAAGGAGUUUUACCGGAUUGUUUUCCAUCCCAUGUUGCGGUAUAUUCUGGUCAUUUUCAUAAACCACAGCAAAUACCCAAUACACAUAUUCGAUACGUUGGUUCUCCAUAUCAAGUUUCUGCGAUGGAAAGUGGACAACAAAAGUAUUUGUUACGACUAAGUCGCAGUCAUCGUUGGUCUGUACAGGAAACCAUUCCCAUUUCAUUAGGUCCUAAACAUUAUUAUUACCAUUUCGGUGAUAUUCUGAACAUUUCAUCCUUGGAUUUCUUACAACCUGGAGACCGAGUAUUUCUUCAAGUCAACUCCGAUAUUCCAGAGUCUCAGAUUGCACCCAUUCUGGAACAAGUGCGGCAACAAAAGGCAUCAGUAUUCACAUUUCUUGAUGAACCAGACAAGGAAAACUCGGUUUCUUCUAUAGAAUCCGAGAAUAGUCCCGCAGAGUUGAGAGAUCCUAUCAGAAUAUUACAACAAUAUGGAGAUGUCUACAAAUUGUCUUUAUCCGUAAUGGAUGUUGGAAAGGAAAUCAUUCAACAAGUACUUGCUUCUCAAGAACAUGCAUCUUUCGAUGGUCAACAAUCCAACUCUAUUGAUUUAGUUUUGGAUUGGGUACAUAUCGAUGGUUUUGGUUCUUUUCGUGAUUCGGUAACUUAUCCAUUAUCCAAUCGAGGACUGGUCAUCUUAACUGGUGAAAAUGAGGAUGAUAUAACCAGUACAAGCAAUGCCAGUGGGAAGACAACCUUAUGGAUGGCAGCGUUGUGGUGUCUCACUACUUGCACGACUUUUUGUUCUCAUGUGAUUCACGAUGACCGCAAAGAAGCUCAAGUCACCGUUUAUGGUCGAUGGAAUGGACAUAGUUUACAAGUAACUCGUUGUAUACAAAGAAAACGUGCUUCUCAUCGACUACGCAUUUGGUUGGAUGGAGAAGAAUGGACUUGUCAAGAAAUACGUGCCACUCAACAACAACUCGAUCGAUGGAUCGAUACACGGUUGUUAUCACAUUGUGUAUUCUUUGGACAGCAUACUUUUCUAUAUGAUUUAUUUGCUUCCAAUGACCGAGAAUGGAAGGAACAACUGAGUCGGUUCAUUCCUUUGAAUAUAUGGGAAGGUUGCAAACACUAUGUUCGAAACAGGCUCAAGACGUUGGAUGAAAGUAUUCUUCGAUUGCGGUCGCAAAUAGAAACCACCGAAAACUGGUGCAAGCAAUUGGAAUCGAGAAUAGAAAUGCAACAAAUGGAAUAUCAACGUUUAUUAACUCGUGUCCAUUUAAGAGAGAAUGAUGUUUUGUAUUCAUCUCAUUUAGAUAGAAUGGAACACCAUACGAGUCAUUCCGUGACAAGUGUACCACAACGUGAUCAUUAUGACGUUUUACAACAGUUGAAUGAUCGAUUACAAGAUAUCCAAGAAGAGAUACAUGACACCAAACAAAGGUUGUAUGAUUUGCAACAUGGAAUAACCACAAUACAACAACAAAUAGCAAACCAUCGAAAUCAGUACAAUUAUUUGGAAUGCAUAGAACAACAACAUGAUGAAUGGCAACAACAAUAUAAACGAUGGAAGCAACAAAGAGAUGAUAGAAAGAAACAAAUACAAAGUAUUUUGAAACAAAAGCCAACACAACAGCAAUUCCAUGAACAAUUGCAACGUUUACAACUGCAAUGGGACGAGUGUCAAUAUGAGAUGAAACAAAAGUCCCGACAAUGUACACAAUGGGAAGAAGAAUGGACACUAGGAAAGCCAACUGGGGAUCGAAAUGGAACAAAAGGGGCCUAUUUAAGAUGGAAACAAUGGGAAUUAAGAUAUCAACGAUAUCAAGUGGAAUAUUCCAAAGUAUGGAAUGAGAAAAUGGUUUUACAAACUCAAUGGGAAAAAGUAGGAGGAAAGGAAGAAGAUGAAUGGAUAUGUGAUUAUUGUUUACAACCUGUGAGUCCAACGCAUCAUAAGAAAGCACUCGAAAAUUUACAAAGAACAUAUCAAUUAAGUGUACGAAGAGAAGAAAGAAUGUCCAAGAUAUUGAAUCACAUUCAACAUCAUAUGGACCAAGCCAAACAAGAAUAUCAGCAACUUGUAUAUAAUUCCAUGGCCAAAGCCAAACAAGAAAUAAAUGAUAUCCAAAUAGAAAAGGAACGAAUAGGGGAAGAAAGAAACGAUGUGCAACAACAAAUCAUGCAAUUGAAACAACUUUUCAAGGAAUGGCAACAGCUUGAUGAAGAACAAAGUUGGAAAAAUCAUUUGAUAAUUCUUCUUGGUCAAUUGUUGACUGAAAAGAAGAAGAAGGAGGAGGAGGAGGAAAGAGUUUCUAGUAAAAGUGGCAUCUCAAAGGAAUCAACCUAUGAUGUGUUCAAUUGUGAGCACUUGAGUAAUCUUAUAAUGAAAACAUUGCAACGGAGGAAAGCAGUAUAUCAACUAGAGUUGGACAAUCAAUGGAAAGAAUAUGAGCACUUACAAAAGGAAUAUGAAGAACAAUCGCAACGUUUGGAAGAAUGGAAUAACAAAGCAUCUCAAUGUCACAAGGAAAAGAGUGAAUGUGAAGCUCGUAUCAAAUAUUUACAGAAAGAAAAGGACUUGUUGGAAAAGGAAGCCAUUCUCAACUCACACAAUCCUCUUGUUUCAUUUAUUCAAAAGGAAAGAGAAGAUUGGGAACAACAGAACCGAUAUUUGGCUACUUGGAAUGAAGAAUUGCGUCGAAUAGAAAAAGACCAACAAGUUUUACAGCAAUUGGAUAAAGUAUUUGGUCCUCGAGGUAUACCGCAUUUUGUAUUGAAACAAGUACUUUAUGAACUGCAACAACGCAUCAAUUCCUAUUUAUCUAUGAUCAGCCAUGGACAUAUCCAAGUGGAGUUGAGACCUUUUACUUGUUUAAAGAGUAAAAAGGAGCAAAUGGUAGAAAUGAUUGAUAAGAAGAUACUUGUCAAGAACAGUCAUGGUUCAUUUUCUAAUAGAAGUUAUUCGCAACUCUCAGGUGGACAACGUCGACGUUUGGGAGUUGCAUUGGCAUUGGCAUUUCAUGAUAUAGGAGAACGAAGAUGUGGCUUUCAUUGUAAUAUCAUGGUUUUAGAUGAAGUUUUCCAACAUUUAGAUAGCGAAGGGAAGAAGAGAGUUGCCAACGUUUUGGAAAAGUUGGAUAAAGAAUCCAUUUUUGUGGUUGUACAUGAUAUGGAUGAAGCUAUGAAUCAUCUUCCUCGUGCCUUUCAUGAUAUUGUAAGGAAGCAAGGCGAUGUAUCCUCGGUAACUGUUGAUAAAAGUUGGUGAAUAAGAAGAGAGUUGUGUAAACUCUUUAUGCAAUUAGAAAUAAAUACAUUCCAUUGUGU